AUGCCCAUCUUGGCACCGACCGUCCCAGACCGUGUUCAAGCUGUUAAUCGGAUGAUUCUACGUCCUAGGAGGACCAAGAACGACAACAGCGUUGACACUGCUCCAAAGAUGUUCCAAGACAUUGUCUUCUCGAUCCCGGAGCUUGUUCACUUAAUCACCGACCACCUGGCAACACGCGAUCUCACGGCCCUCAUCCGUGUCAACCGUACCUGGAAUAGCAUUUGGACUCCUUAUCUCUACCAAAGUCUAUACUUUUCCCUAUAUCAAACCAACGUCUAUCUAAAGAUCAGCAAAUAUGGCGAGCAUGUCAAGACCCUCUGUCUCUCGUUUACAACAUGGGCCAGCACCCAGCACUUUCUCUACUUUACAAACAACCUGCAAUCGCUCACACUCCGAUCAAUGGACUUGUGCACUUCACAGCUCGAGCAGAUCACGGAGAUGGUGCCACAGAUUCGAACCUUGAAUAUCACCCUGAAACGAUCCUUACCGCAGCCGUUGGACUGUCAGAUGACUCCUGUAACGACUCUCAAGAGCCUGGAGGACUUUUCCUGGAACACCACUGCCAACCUCUGCAUUGACGAUAUUCUUUUGGUGCUCAGAGAUUGCCGUAAGCUCAAGUCGUUGGUCAUCAUAAUAGAGGAGCUCAAGGACGCCCGCAACGAGCAGGAGCCAGAAAAAGAGGAGGAGGAGCGCACUGGGUUGAUCAGGGUGGAUGACGAAGGUUGGAUGAACACAUCUCUUCGGUCAUUGACCUUGAGCACUGCGACAUGGGACUCUGAGGAUUCGAACACUAUGCAUCCUCACUUUCGUCGUCUUUUCCAGCACCUUCCCAGCCUCGAGUGCCUUAAAUUCAGAGGCAGGAGCAAUGUCAUCGCUCAGGCCUGGAGAGAUAUCGUCGAAGAUCGAGCCAUCCUGCAGGGAACCAUACCAGAGUCCCAUGCUACCACCAUCGGUCUCGACCAUUGCGUCGGAAGCAGCAUCAGGGACGACACUUCAGCGACGGAUGUGAUGGUGGCGGUGGCGGUGGCGCGUAAAGACCAGGCUCUCACACAACUGACACGUAUGCCUCGAUCAGUCCAUGUAUCGCCAGGAAUAUCACACAGACUGGUUACCUUUGAUAUUGAAGGGUGUAUGUUAUUCAACAGCACCAAUGCUUCUAUACUUCUGGAGAACUGCACGAUCUUGCGCAAAUUGAACUUGUUGGGCACGAUGGCGGGGACAAUCGAGCUCUUCAAGGGAAGUAAACCGUGGCCAUGCGCCAACGUGCUCGAGAACCUGUGUAUGGAUAUCCAACCGCUCGAGUAUCAACCUCUGCAGUAUGGAAGGCCCCGACAUCCGCUCAGGUUGUACACAUUUGGGGAAAUGCAGUCAAUUUGGGGACGGCUGUGUUCGUUCAAAUCCCUAGUUGGUCUAAAGCUCCGGGGCGAAGCAUUAACGCUUGAUAUGAGCCAGGGCCUUUCGUUUGCGCCAAACCUUCGGGUAGUGAGGCUAGAGUUUCAAAGCGUGGACAACAUCGAUACACUUCAAGAGGUAGCUCUCAAGUACGGCCAGGCUCUGUUCCCGAGCUGGAUUGUGUCGUCUUAUAUCACUUACUCCCCCUGGCCUCCAGCCGUCGCGGUUACAGCUGAUCUCGAUGAAAUGAGUUAUAUGCUCCAAUGGCCAAAAUGAGCCCUAGAUUGAGAAACCGUACUGCAUCCAUAUAAGUGGGCCAUCGAAUUGAGAAGUUCAAUCGGCCGAGCUUAAUAAAUCGAAGACUCGAUAGGGUACCUAAUCUAGCUUAGAACAGGAAUCAGACGAUCCUUUGCAACCCAGCUUAUUCUCU